UUUGUUUUCAUCUGUUUCAGGGAUCCAAACCAACCGGUUCCACAGGAUACGAAGUUCAUCCACACCAAGCCUAACCGAUUCGAGGAAGUAGCCUGGACUAAAUACAACCCCAAAGACCAGCUCUACCUUCACAUCGGCCUGAAACCCAGGGUUCGGGACCACUACCGCGCCACCAAGGUCGCAUUUUGGCUGGAACUGGUUCCACAUCUCCACAACAUCAAUGAGUUUUUCCAGUAUGUAUCCACUACCACGAAGAUUCCUCCGCAGGACACCACGCCGUACCCUUACACCAAACGCUUCCCGGGGAAGAACAACUGGCCGUCCACCACACGCCACCCGGGAGUCCCUUCUGCCAACACCAAGCAAUCCACAGACCAACACAAGAGCGGAGACUUGGCAGAGGAAUCCACCGUCAUGAUCGAGACCAAGAGGGACUACUCCACCGAGCUCAGCGUCACCAUUGCCGUGGGGGCCUCCCUGCUCUUCCUCAACAUCCUAGCCUUUGCAGCACUCUACUACAAGAAAGACAAGCGGCGGCACGAGUCCAACCGCCGCAUUCCCACCCCGCAGCGCAACUCCGCGCCGGCCAACACUUCGACCACGGCUAAUGACGUGGCCCACAUGCAGAGCGAGGAGUUGAUGACCUUACAAAUGAAGCAGCAGCAGUUGGAGCACGAGCACCACCAUGAGUGUGAGUCGCUGCAGAGCCAUGACACGCUGCGGCUCACAUGUCCCCCCGACUACACGCUCACUCUGCGCCGGUCCCCCGACGAUGUCCCGCUGAUGACGCCCAGCACUAUCACCAUGAUCCCCAACUCCCUGGCUGGCAUGCAGCCUCUGCACAACUUCAACACUUUUGGCGGGAGCCAGAACAGUACAAAUCUGCCGCACGGCCACUCGACGACGCGGGUAUAGCUGAGCAGGGUCCGCAAAUCUGACACCAAGCAAAUACGGGGAACAUUACACCGUAUGAAGAUGAUAUUUUGUUAUUCUUGAAGGGUAUAAAAAGGGAGCGUUGCUCUUAAACUUUGUAAGAAAUUCAGAAUGAAUGUGAAACGAGUGACUCUUUUUAAAGCAGAGCUAAGCAGAAGGUUAGCACCUGCUAACAUCCUGCUAGAUACCAGAAGGAAGGUAACAUCAGCUUCGUCUUUUCCAAACCCUUCCUGCAUAGGACACCGAAUUCUACACCCAGCCUCACAUGUAUUUAUAAAAACUUUGCAAAAAAACAAAAGAUAAACAAAAGGGAAUAUAAUAAUGCGUGCAAAUAAAAAAAAAAAGUUUUUAAAAAAAGACUGAAAA